AGAUGCAAGCUGGUGAAAUCCAUCCAUGAGGGUGCCUGCUCCUGAUGGAGACGCAUGCGCCUGUAUCAGUGUGCUGGGGACGGGCUGAGGUGCUGCUGGAAUGUGAGCUGAGAGCAUUGUGAGACGGCCAUGUCUCUGUGUCAGAGCCUGGGAAGGAGCACAAUUCCGUGAGAAGGUGUACCUGGCAAUGAAGAGUUUUACCGCAGAAUGUGCAGGAGAGGUAGUAGGAGGCGUGUCUGGUGCCUUUUACUCUGCUGUGCUUUUGUUUCACUGGUUUGCUUACACUUUUCUUUAAAUGAAGUGUCCAUUUCAACAUUACCCGGUCAUGCAUUUAAGGACAACUCAGUCAUUUACAAACCAAGCCUUAGCAGAGUCAGCAGCGGGGCAAACUCCAUCCAGUAUGAUGACACCUGCCCAGUUUUCAGGUUGCAUUCAGAUGAAGAGAGACCCUGGGAAGAGGUAGCAUGUCGCCGAAUGGAUUUUGUACCAGGUUCUUGCCGCAUCAUGAAAGAGUUGUUUGCUGAUAAAGAAACAGCUAACUGUUCCCACCAGUUGUCACAUAUGAUUUGUGAGAUGAAGAACUACAAUCCAGCAAAACCUGAAAUGACCUGUCGCCAUGAUCUGUGCAGUGAAUUAUCCUCUGUAGUGAUAGGCAUAUACAACGAGGACAUGGGUGUUAAUCAGUGGAAGAAGUUUAACUCUACAGUGGAAGCCAUGUUGUUUAUUAAUCAAGAAUUGCUCACAGAUUGGAGAACCUAUCACCAUGGUUACUGCUUCAUUCGUUGCCUCAGCCAUGAUGGAAGAAAGAUAUCACAGCUUCUUAUUCUGCCUCCAGUGUUGCGAACAGGUCUUAAUUCUUCGAGAAAAUUUGGAAGUAAGCAUGCAUUGAAUGUGAAUAUUUUACUCUUGGACUCUGUGUCCAGGCAUCAUUUUUAUAGAACUUUGCCAAAAACUAUUAAUACAUUCAUAAAUCUGAACACUAAUGUCUUUAAAACUGGACACGUGUUUGACUUUGAGUUGGUUCAAGGUAUAAAAAGCAGAACAUUUGAGUCUCUCCAAGCCCUCUUUGGUGGUGAGGCAUUCAAUCCACUGAAACCAUUCAGUUCAUUUGUGCUACCACCAAAGGCUGUGAAUUUUAACAAGACACUUGGACAUUUCAAAGAGUUUGGAUAUGAGAUUUUAUAUCUGGAGGAUAUGUGUUGGAAGUGGGAAUGGGGUUUGGUGAAAGAGUUGAGAGCUCUUAACAAAAAGGCACACUUUUCAGAAAGAGUAAAGUUGUUCUUGGAAGCAAUCAGAAGAAGUGGAAUUGAUAGGAUAGAUGUUUCCUACUCUAGCUGUGAUAUUCUGCAAGAAAAUGGAGUGAAGGAUAUGUUUCAUGGGCCUGCUACCAUAUGUUACAAUAGUAUCCAUCAACAUACCUACCUGCUGCAGUACAUUGAAUACUUUAUCACUCGUUUCUCGUUCCUGCAAAAGCCACUAUUCAGUUUUCUCAUGUUGGAUACCAAUCAUGAAGAUACAGGCCUCAGGAUAAAGCAAUUGGAUGAAGAUCUUGCCAAACAUGUAUCUUUCUUAGCUGAUCAACAGAACACGGUGACCUUCAUUCUUUCAGAUCAUGGCAAUAAUUAUGGGCAGUUUGUUUCAAUGACUACAGAAUCCCAGAUUGAGAUAUUCCACACCACUCUAUUUAUGAUUGUCCCAGACACAGCUGCUAUUUUACUGGGUGAAGAGAAGAUUCGAUCCUUGCACACAAACCAGCGCAGGUUAAUCAGCCUUCUCGAUAUCCAUCAUACUUUGAAAGGUCUAUUGCCACCUGUUGGAGCUAAAGAUGGGAAAAAUUUGAACAAUGGGAUUAAUGCUGAUGGGUUACUGAGUCCAGUCUCUGCCGAUCGGACCUGUACCAGUAUUCCCAGGAUACCUCCAAACUUUUGUAUUUGCCAAGACUUUGAAAAACCAGCAGUAAGUGAUUUGAGAUUUGCACUCUAUGCAGAAUUUGCACUUGGUCAGAUGAAUCACGAAAUCCUUCAACAACAGAGAGCUUCAAAAAAUGCUCUCACAGGCUAUAUGGCCUGUCAAAGAUUAAUUGGCAUUAGAUUUGACAAUUUGAAAAUUCAUGAAGAUAAAAAUGAGACCAUCGUGAAAUUUGAUCUUUAUGUAAAGGCACCAAAAAGUACCGGUCAUGAUGAAGAAAAAUACUUAGUGGUCAUAGACUUCCGUUCUCAGGUAGAUGCUGCGCUGACUUUAGUAGGGUUUGACCGCUUAACCCCAUACAGUCUGUAUGAGGUUUGUGCUGCAGAUGAUGUCGAUUUAAGGUUAUGCAUCUGUGACUUAGAAAAUGGUCAUAAAGAUUCAAAUUCAUAUUGGAAAAAUGUUUUGAUCUCAUCGGUUUCUUGGACUGAAACUAAUUUCAGUUCAAUUCAUGAAUCCUGUUUGUAUCUCCUCAAAAGACAUUAUCCAUCAGGCAUUGUUCUGGCAGUGGGAAAUAUCUGCUCUCAUGUGCAAUAUGAUAUUGAAUUUGAUUUCCUGACUAUAAACAUGUACUCGUCAUCUGUAAUGCCGAUAAAUGUAACACUUUGGCCUGGAACAGAGGAGCUCCUAACUGUUGGGUUUCAGAAAGCGAAGGGUAAGCCAUGGAAAUAUAAAUAUUCUUUGAAUUACAGAGCAUUCCCACUGUAGGACAAAAGCACAUUGAAUUAACUCUCAUUGAUCAUUAACAGUAGUCUUCACUCCAGUAAAAUGUUGGGCUGCAGUAAUUAUUCAGGGGUAAAUGUGAAUUCUGAUUUAUAUCCAUUAUAUAGAGACCAUUGCUUCAUGGCAUUAGUAAAAUGGCUACCAACUUUGCUGGUAAAAUGCAAAGUCUGUGAUAGUGUGGAAGGCAGGAGGGAUUAAUUGUUAAAAAGGUGAUAAUGGGAAGUAUGGGACCUUUCUAAAAUAUGAAUGCUGCCUUAAUUUUGUUUUGAAUGUAAUGUAGCUAUUGGUAUUAAGUAAUAGGCCUCCAGUGUUCAUCCUUAUGGCUCAGAAAUGCAGAGUCGAAAUAACAAAAACGUUAUUUUUAAGGAUUGCUUUUCUGACACAAAUGCACUGUGUGCAUGCACACAAUGUUAAACUAGUAAUAAAAAAACUAUUACCACAGUAUACUUCUGUAUUAAAAUAGUAUUAAUUGGCAUUUGUAACAAACACACUACUAGAUAUUGUUGAUCACACAUGUACACACAAAAUAUUCAGUUGAUUUUUGAAAUUUAAAAUGGAUGUCAUUUGUUUUGCAGUUUAUUUAUGU